GGCCAUGGCUCGGGAGGAGCAGGGCCGGGAGGAGUUGGCCUACGACCGCCACGUCUACCCUGGAGCGGUGGCCGGCCCGACACGGGGGGCUAUGGCGCCGACACCAAGCCCAGUGAGGCCACCAGACUUGCCACCAGGCUGCCGCGCUGCCUUAGCCACCGGACCUGGGUCCUCUCCGUGCUGAUGGGGAGCUGCCUGCUGGUGACCUCAGGCUUCUCACUGUACCUGGGCAACGUGUUUCCCUCGGAGAUGGAUUACCUGCGCUGUGCUGCAGGAUCUUGUGUCCCCUCAGCAAUCGUGGAGUUUUGCCAAACACGGAUGAAGCGGGCAGCCAUGGGCCUCCCUCUGCAGAUCAACUUCAACCUGAUCCUGCUGCUGCUGCUGGAGCUGUUCAUGGCCGCCACCGUGAUCCUGUCCGCCAGGUCCGGAGAGGCGCAUGACAGGCAGAAGGCUGCUGUCUCUGACUCCACCAGCUUCUCCAGCCCAGUGGCCUUCCCUGCGCGGGUCCUAAAGUCCUACUCGGUCAUCGAGCUGAUGUCUGGAGUCUCGGCUGUCCUGGGCGGCAUCAUCGCCCUCAAUGUGGACAACUCGGUCUCGGGUCCCCAGCUCUCCGUGACCUUCUUCUGGAUCUUAGUGGCCUGUUUCCCCAGUGCCAUCGCCAGCCACGUGACGGCGGAGUGUCCCAGCAAGUGCCUGGUGGUGCCACUAUCCUGCAGCUGGAGGGUUCUGGUCGCCAUCUGCAGCCUGGCGGCACCGCUGCUCUUCAAGCCGCCUCGGGUACCUGUCCUUCAGUGUGCCCAGGGUCCUGAGAUGUUUAAGGACUAUCCUCCAGCCUUGAAGCACUCUCAGGAUGUGCUCCUGGUUCUGCUCAUGCUGGAGCUCCUGCUGCAGGCAGCUCUCAACACCGGCACCGUCAUCCAGUGUGUCCGCUUCAAGGUGGGUGCAGCCAGUGGCACCUCGCAUCCGGGCCCACAGGAGCGCCCCGCUGGGGAGGUGGCGAGAACCCCCCUAAAGGAGUUUGACAAGGAGAAAGCCUGGCGGGCCGUGGUGGUGCAGAUGGCGCAGUAACCUGGAGCUUCUGGGCCGGCCUGUUCCACCAGUCUUCCCCCAGCGUCCCCCCCAAACUGCGCCCUGACCAGCUCUCCCCAAGUUCCAGCGCCCUGAUACCAUCCAGCUAUCAGUCCUGGGGGGUGAGGACCCCAUGGCUGACUUCCAAGGAAGCUGCCACCCCUCCACCCCUCCAGGGCUGGAUUCGCCCCCAGCUCUGCCAAGAGCCAGGCCAGCCUUGAGUCCCCCCUCACAGCCAGGUCAGCCACACCCCCAGUUCCUCCCGGUGAGGUGCAGGUGUGGGACCCCCCCCUCAUUCUCUUGGACCUUCCUGGCCC